AUGUCGCUGAACUUCACCCUCGAAGCAGCCCUUCGGCAGGUGCGGGGCAUCGCAACUGUUUGCUCCUUUGCCGACGAUAACUCUUUUGGGCCUUCAAUUGCUAAACAAUGCCGCGCUCUUGAUUUUACUCUGCUUUUUGAACAAGCUUUUCUAUCCCUUGUGCCUUCGAUUCUGCUUGUGCUUGGUUGCAUCUUCCGUUUGAAUGGAAUUCUUCGUCAAGAUGUAAAAACAUUAAAGAGUCGACUGCACAGCUCGAAGCUGGUAUCUGCAAGCUUUUAUGCGUGUCUGCAGUUGGCACUUCUAGUUGUCGUGGCUCUACCAUCAACACCACGCACAAGCCUGUCAUUCCCUGCCACAAUCCUGUCUUUCACUGGAGCUAUAUCCAUAUGUUUACUAUCACAUCUGGAGCAUACAAAAUCAAUUCGUCCUUCGGCUCUGUUGAAUAUCUACCUCUUCUUCUCAGUACCUUUCGAUAUCGUCCAGCUUCGAACGCUAUGGAAGAUCCCCGGCCUUGAGACAGUUGCAAGUGUUUUCUCUUCAGCUUUGGCACUCAAGGUCGUCAUUCUUGUCUUGGAGGCUUGGGAGAAAGACUCGUUGCUUACACCACCUUACCGCGGUACUGCACCAGAGGCUAAGAGUGGUCUCUACAAUCGGAGUCUCUACUGGUGGCUCAAUCAUUUCCUGACUGUUGGCUUCAAAAAGGUCAUUGGAUUCGACGAUUUGUACACUUUGGAUGAUGACCUGUCUUCUGAAACACUUGCCGAGAAAGCUCAAACAUCCUGGCGAACAGCAGACAAGAGCAGACAGCAUGCGUUACUCUGGAACACCCUGUCCUGCCUGAGAUGGCCACUCCUGGCCCCUGUCGUUCCUAGACUUGCAUUGAUUGGCUUCAACUACUCGCAGCCCUUCUUGAUCACAAGAAUCAUCAACUAUGUUGAUGAUGCCGACAGAGACAAGAACAUAGGAUAUGGACUCAUCGGCGCGGCUGCAAUCAUUUAUAUCGGCAUUGCAAUCUCCAACGGACGCUAUCGACAUGCCAACUUCAGAUACAUGACCAUGAUACGUGGCUCGCUCACUGCCUUGAUAUAUGAGAAAACACUGGAUCUGAGAUAUACUGCUCUGGAGGACGCAAGUCCUGUUAGUCUGUCGAAUGAUGUUGACGUUAUCGUAACUGUCUCAGAGAUACUGCACGAGAUCUGGGCCAGCACAGUCGAGAUGGUCAUAGCCAUGUAUCUUCUUGGUCGUGGCUCUGGGGUCGGUUGCAUUGCACCAGUGGUGCUAGCCGUGGGCAGUGCAGCCGCAAAUGCUUUCUGGGUCGGCCCUCGCAUGAAAAAGUAUCGACCAAAAUGGAAUGCAGCCAUUCAAGAGCGUGUGGCUCUGACAGCGUCCUUGCUCAAAGACAUGAAAGCCCUGAAAAUGCUGGGUCUUUCGAGCAGAAUGAAGUCUUUGCUACAAGACCAGCGUACAUUUGAGCUCGAAAAGUCCGUUGCUGUUCGGAUGUGCACGAUUUGGCUCAACAUCUUUGGCAAUCUGAUGGCAAAUUUCGCGAAACCAUUUGUAUUGAUGACCGUGGCAUUACAAGCACGAGACGGAGGCGAUGAACUCACCGCGGCAAAGGCAUACAGCUUGAUCUCGCUCAUCAACUUGAUCGACAACCCGCUGGGAACUGUCACGGCGAGUAUACCUUCAAUCAUGGGAGGCAUUGGAUGCUUUGAGCGAAUCCAGAAAUUCUUACUUGCAGAGGUGCAAAGUGAUGAUCGUAUUGUCAACAGCAGAAGUACGCCCGUGAUACUGCCUUCGUCGUCUGCAAUAGAAUUGCAAGUCAUGCCUGCGAAGGGCACACCUGAGAGAGGCAGUGACGCUAUCACUCUCGAUGAAUGCUCAUUUGGUUAUUCUGUCGACACUCCAGCACUGAGCAAUCUGACAUCUGCCAUUAGAGAAGGAACUGUCAACAUGGUUGUAGGACCUAUCGGCUCCGGCAAAACUAGUCUCCUUCUUGGCUUGCUUGGAGAGAUUCAGAGUCUGAAAGGCUUCGUCCGUAUGCGCAACACAGAUAUUGCCUACUGCCAACAGUCUGCGUGGUUGCCCAACUCAACCAUAAAAAACAUCAUCGUUGGAACUCUGCCUUAUGACGAAACCUGGUAUCAGACUGUCGUUUUCUCCUGUGCACUCGAACUGGACAUAGCUCGUUUGACCGACAAGGACGAGACACUGAUUGGAAGUCGAGGGCUGACCCUGAGUGGUGGACAACGCCAAAGACUUGCCCUCGCCCGUGCAGUAUAUGCUAGAACCGCUAUUAUCUUACUCGACGACAUCUUCAGCGCGCUGGACGCGAAGACUGAACAACUUGUUUUCGAACGCCUGUUCUCAGAGCGAGGUGUAUUCAGGAAGAACAACACCACUGUAAUACUCGCAACCCACGCCGUGCAACAUUUGUUUACCGCAGAUCAUAUCAUCGCACUCGGAAAGGAGGGAACUCUUGUCGAACAGGGAUCAUUCCAGCAACUCAUGGCCAAGCAAGGCUAUGUCGCAACACUCGCUGUUCAACUCCGUGAACAGUCGGAUCAUGAGGAUGCUCCCAAGGCGACAAAGGACUCCGAUCACGAGAUUGCAGAGAAUGAUGUCGAAGACGAGAUGCUCAUAUCUGAUCGAAGGCUGGGGGAUUUUGCCGUUUAUAAGUAUUAUGCGGGUGCCGUAGGACUGGCUAUCCUGGUGACUUUCCUUGCUUGUGAAUUCUUGAAAACCAGUCUUAUAUCUCUUCCAGAUCUCUGGGUGCAAUUCUGGACCAAGGACCCUGGUUCACAAAUGGGCAUGUACAUCUCUGUCAUGUUCGUCAUUGCCAUUUGUGGCAUGGUUAUGAAUUUUGUUGCUUUGUGGGUCAUAUUCGUCAAGAUAGUACCACGCAGUGGUUUGAGGCUACAUUGGACCUUGCUUUCUACCAUUACUGCUGCCCCACUCGCCUACUUCACAAGGACCGAUGCUGGAAUUAUUCUUAAUAGGUUCAGCCAAGAUAUGACCAUCAUCGAUGCUGCUUUACCAAUAGCACUUCUCCAGCUCACUUAUACCGUGUCUGAGAUAGUCUGGCAAGGUGCAUUGAUAUGCUAUGGAUCCUGGUAUCUCAUCGCAUUCAUUCCUUUCAUCGCCGCGAUCUGUUAUGCGAUACAGAAAUUUUAUCUACGGACGAGUCGCCAGCUGCGUCUACUGGAUCUGGAAAUGAAGUCGCCGCUAUUCACGCACUUCUCGGAGACUCAGGAAGGUUUGGUAACUAUCAGAGCUUUCAGAUGGCAGUCCAACUUCUACUCCAGCUUCCUGAACAAAUUGGAUGCAUCGCAGAGGCCAUACUAUUUGCUGUACAUGAUUCAGCAAUGGCUGGGGCUGUGUUUGGCUCUGGUGGUCGCUGCUAUAGCCAUCGUGUUGGUCGCUUUUGCAACACAGUUCCAUCAUCAGUCAUCUGGUGGACAGAUUGGUGUUGCUAUGAUUUCGGUCAUGGGUUUCAGUUCUAGUCUUGCUGCGCUCAUAUCGCAUUGGACAAGCUUGGAAACCUCCAUUGGAGCCGUCGCACGUCUCAAACAGCUCGAGAUCGAAGUCAAACCUGAGGAUCUACCUUCUGAGUGCGAAACAUCGCCAUCUUCAUGGCACGAGGUAGGCGCAGUGGUCUAUGACGGUGUCUACGCAAGUUAUGGGGUUGGUGAGCCAGAUGUUUUGCACGAUAUUUCCCUCUCCAUUCGUCCAGGUGAGAAGAUAGGCAUCUGCGGCAGAACAGGAUCUGGAAAGUCAACCUUGAUAGCUCUCCUCUUCAGACUCUUGCCUACCAGAGCGGGUAUUGUGGCUGUCGAUGGCGUCGAUUUGUCCACGAUCCCUCGUCAGAAGACCAGAGAGUCGGUCAUCGCCAUCCCUCAAGAACCUUACAUCCUGUCAGGAACCGUUCGCUUCAAUGCCGCACCGCACUCUGCACCUUUCUCCGAUGUAGACACCGAAGCAUUCGAGAGUGUCGUUUCAGACACAGCCAUCAUUGCCGCAUUGGAGAAGGUGGAUCUUUGGGACUUGAUUGCACGUCGCGGUGGACUCAACACGCCUAUAUCUGAUCUUGGGUUAAGUCAAGGCCAGAAGCAGCUUUUCUGUCUCGCUCGAGCUAUUCUGAGAAAGCAGACUUCGAGUUUGUUGAUUCUAGACGAGGCUACUUCUAGUGUGGACAAACAUACUGACGAGCUGAUGCGUAGAGUUAUUGAGGAUGAGUUUGCAAGUCAUACUGUGAUUAGUGUGGCACAUAGGUUGAGCAGUCUGAUUGCCAGCGAUAGAGUAGUGGUCAUGGACGAGGGAAAGAUUGUAGAGGUUGGGAAUCCAGUUGCGCUGAUGGAAGUCGAGGGUGGUUGGUGGAGGAAGCUAUGGGAAGCUCAGAACUAG